ACUUUGUUCUUAACGGAAGUGGCUUGAACAAGAUUUUUACACACGUAACAUAGAAGUCUUUUAAAGUACAAUACUAUUCCGAAAGCGUUGUAUUAAAAAUGAACGGUUAAUUUAAGUUUUAAUAUUUAGCAAUGCCAUUUUGAAAAGAACAUAAGUAACAUAUGCGGUUAUAUGCUGAUGAAAUAAAGUAAAGAAUAAUAUUAAAGUUAGGUUACACAUUACUAUGUGCGAGAUGAAGCUUCAAGUGGUGUUAAUCGUUUUGUAUAUUACAUUGAAAUAUUGUUGGGCUGUCGAUGAUUCUUUGCUGUUCUCCGUGACUCGAGCUCCUCGAUAUUUUGGCAUAUUGCAAGACCAUAGAGGACAGCCGUUGUCAGUAGAAGUUUCAGAAGAAUAUAUGGAUCAAGAUUAUAUAGCGACUAAUAGGAAACGUCACAAAAUCGACUGGAAUAAAAACCCUCUUGAUAUGGAUGAUUUUGACGACGACGAUACUGAAGAGAUAUUUGACGAGAAGGAUAAAGAUGUAAAAGUUUCAAACAAAUACAAUUUGCAAGCAGGACCUGUAUAGAUUAGUUAAUGCAAUAAGUUCAAUAAACUAUUUCAUAUUGCA